CUAGGAUCUGUUUUCUUCCUCUUUACUUCUGCCUUCUUCCUUUACCCCUACACCGACCAAGACAGAGGGCAAUGGUCCUCAGUGGGGGGCUGGUCCUGGGACUCCACACCUUGAUGACCCUCCUGAGGCCCCAGGCAGCCGGGGCCAUCAAGGCUGACCACAUGGGCUCCUAUGGACCAGCGUUCUACCAGUCCUAUGAUGCCUCGGGUCAGUUCACUUACGAUUUCGAUGGGGAACAGCUAUUCUCUGUGGACCUGAAGAAGAGGGAGGCUGUGUGGCGUCUGCCUGAAUUUGGCAACUUCGCCUACUUUGACCCGCAGAGCGGGCUGGCCAGCAUCGCCAUGAUCAAAGCCCAUCUGGAUGUCUUGGUGGAGCGUUCCAACCGCACCAGAGCCACCAACGUGCCUCCAAGAGUGACCAUACUCCCCAAGUCGCGAGUGGAGCUGGGCCAGCCCAACGUCCUCAUCUGCAUCGUCGACAACAUCUUCCCCCCUGUGAUCAAUAUCACCUGGCUGCGCAAUGGUCAGACGGUCACUGAGGGCGUGGCCCAGACCAGCUUCUAUGCCCAGCCUGACCAUUUGUUUCGCAAGUUCCACUACCUGACCUUUGUGCCCUCGGCAGACGACUUCUACGACUGCAGGGUGGAGCACUGGGGCCUGGACAAGCCGCUCUUUAAGCACUGGGAGCCCCAGAUGCCUACCCCGCUGCCAGACACCACAGGGACGCUGGUCUGUGCCCUCGGCCUGGCCCUCGGCCUGGUGGGCUUCCUGGUGGGCAUCGUCCUCAUCAUCACAGGCUCACGCUUGUCCAGAGCCCCCAGGUAAUGACCCUUCUGAGAGAAACGGGUUUGGAGGACCCCCGUCUUCAGCUUCCUGGCAAGUCUCUGACAGCCCUUGAGUGCUCAGUACUGCGUCGACCAAGUGCAUCCCCCUGUGCUGACUUUGGGAUCAACCUCUGUCCUGCAGGUUUCCUAUUUUUUAGCCCCAGUACUCAUGGCAGGACUUGUGGGACACAAACUAGCUCCCCUUCCCAACUCCAACACACACACACUUUCUUGAUCUACCCAAAGCCCUGUAGUAGCAGUAAAAUGUUUAACAGUGUUUGCACCAUAUCCGUUUUACCAGGUCUUGGCCAGUUCUCUCAGGGUGUAGAGGAUGCUAGGAUCUGGAAGACUGGAUUUCCGGUGACGACCAGUGAGCAUAAACAAUUGGUACUAGGGGUUGGCAGUCAUUCUUGGGCCAGUCCAGCUAUGUCUUGCUCCAUUUGACUCAUCAAUUUCGGGCCCCUUGUGUGUUACUUGUGAAUGGCCCAUUUCACAUGGACUUCGUGAAAUUUGCAUCCUGAAUUCAGAUUUGCCUGGAAAGCGGUGCAGAGUAUCCCAUUCACUGUAACUUCCCGCAACCCAUGACAGUUCUGCAGGACACCGGGAGAGGAAAUGUUCAUGGAAAUUCCACUCUUGAUUUACUCUGUAAUGAAGAAGCCAUUGGUAUGAUCUAUGAUGUCAUCUCCUUUUUUCUACAUUCCCUAGAGUCCCAUGCAUGACAAAGAGAGGCCGAAAGCUGGGGUAAGAUGGCUACAUCCUUUGCCUGGGGUCCGUCCUAUCAGGAGGGUCAGGAGGGUAACAGAAUAGAUCAGCAAGUGUCUGGUACAAGGAGGGGGACGGGGUCUAAGAGCCAUCCACCUGAAUGUUCUCUAAAUAUGUAGCCUGGAAGAUUUUAGUUACCGUGAACAAAAUUUUCAACACACAAACAGAUAAGUAACCAAACAAAGUAGUUUAUGCCAAGUAUCAAAUAAAGUGGUACAGAUGAGUGGUUUUCAAAUCAGAAUGCACUAAGAAUCAUGGGGGAGCCUUUUAGAAAGUAUGGGCUUCACUCAGAUCUACUGAAUUAGAAUCUUUGCAGAAGGGUGAGUGGUGAGUCUGCCAUUUUUAACCCACUCCGAUGAUGCUGUUACAGCCACCCCAGACCCAGGCUGUGGUCUGGUAACUGGGGCCCACUGAUGUAGUCUGGUGCUAUUGGAGGUCAUUGGAAGAGGGCAUCCCUGAAGUCUGAAGAGGUCCAGGAAGGCUUUCUGGAGAACACGGGUCUUUUGGGCAUAAAGGUUGAGCAAGAUACAGGUCAAAAGGGACAAGAUAGGGCUUUGAAUUAUGACUAUUUCAUCCUGGAAAAGAAAAAAUCAAGAGAUUAUGGGGACUUUGUGGACUUCCCAAGAGAGAAUAAGAUGGGGCCAACUAUUGGCCAGAAGAGGACUCCGAUGGAAGUGGGAGAGGAUUGUCCUAGUCAAGGUUUUUGUUUGUUAGGAACAGAAACCCGAUUACAAUGUGAUUAUAGACAAAAGGAGAGGAUAUUUACAAUAAAGACACAGGAGUGGUACCCAGAACCCAAGGGUGGGUUUUAGCCAGUCCUCGCAGGGAACGGACUGCAGAACUGAAGAGCCAGCAGAACCUAGAGCAGCCGCACUUGCUGUCUCUGGGCCAUGUGGUCUCUGCUCUCCAGACUCUUCUGCAGGUUAGUCCUGUUCUCUCUGUGGACUGACUGUCCUUUUCAGCUAACAUGUCAGCUCUAGAGUACUUGUGUUUGGAUGUCAUCUCAGCUCUAGCCGCCCACAGAGCCUGUGUCCCCUAGUCACAAUUUAUAAUUAUUGGAAAAACAAAUGGCUGCUCAGACUUGGGGCAGGUGGGGCAGGUGGCCAUCCCAGUCCAUUGUACUGUGACCAGGGGACCGAGAUCCCACAGAACAAGCCUGGCUCCUCUGAGGUGAGGAGUCGGGUCGUCCUCAGAAAGAGAAGAGGCUGUCAGAAGACACCACGAGGUAGCUCUGUCCCCAGCAUGCCUUGAUCUCUGCCGAUCUUUUACUUAAAACUUAACUAGAUGCAUCCUUGGAAAGGUGUUUCUUUGAUCUCUGUCCUAAGGUUUAAUAAAGUCAUUAAAAGUGUUCUUUCUU